UCGACUCGAUCGGCAUGGCGCUCGACAUCUGGAACGAGCUCACGGUCGAGCGGGCGGAGACGUUUUCGUUCACGAACGAAGGCGAGGGCGCAGACGUGCUUCCGACCGACGAGACCAACCUCGUCGUCGUCGGCCUCAAGGCUGCGUUCGAGGCCGCGGGCCAGCCGAUGCCGACGCUGCGCAUCCACUGCCGCAACCGCAUUCCCUUCGCGCGCGGCCUCGGGAGCAGCUCGGCGGGUAUCGUCGCUGGUAUCAUUGCGGGUCUCGUCAUCGCCGGCCACGAGCUCUCCGUGCACGGCAAGGAAGAGCUACUGCAGAUCGCGGCUGGCAUUGAAGGCCAUCCCGACAACGUCGCGCCUUGCAUCUACGGCGGCCUCCAGCUCGGUAUCUUUACCGACGACCGGUGGUACUCGUCGCGUGUCCAGAUCCCAGAUGGGAUGCAGUGCGUCCUCUUCAUCCCCGAGACGACGGGCAAGACGAGUGCUGCGCGAGCGAUCCUGCCGGAAAAGAUUGACCGGAGCGACGCCGUGUACAACAUUGGACGCGCUGCGAUCCUCGUGAACGCUUUCCAGUCGGGGAACCUUCCCGAGCUGCGCCACGCGGUCCAGGAUCGCUUGCACCAGCCCCAGCGUGGCGCCGCCCAGUACCGCCACCUCUUCCCGCUGAUUGACGCGGCGCUUGAAGCCGGCGCACAUGGCUGCUUCCUCAGCGGCGCGGGUCCGAGCGUCCUCGCCAUCACGUCCGGCCUCUCGGGCGACAUCUUUACGCAGGUCGCACGAGAGCGUGCCGAGACCAAGGUCGCCGACGCCAUGCGCGACGCGGCUGCCCAGGUCGGCGUCAAGGGCUGCGUCUUCAUCACCAACCCCGAGCACCGCGGUGCGCACAUCGUCAAGGUCCACCCCAAGAUCUCGGACCGCAUGGUCGCGCGCUACGAAGGCGACAUCACCGACUUGUAAGAAGACGACGUCUCGUGUACUCUACUAAUAAAGCAUCGUGCGGCGCUGCCAUCAUGCACGCUCUUCUUCGCCUAUGG